UUAGUGUAUCACCAUACAUAAUAUGAGAUUUUAAAAGUUUUAACGUGGUUUUAUAACGUCUGUGCUAUUCUGAACUAGAUUAUUUUUGUAGGGCAGGUUUGAAGUUGAACAUCUAUGCGCACGUGCAAGUUUGAUUUAUAUCAGAAUCAUAUAAAAAUAUAAACGUAUCAGUUUUUAUAUUUUGUCUGUCCUUGCGCCGUAUGAUCAUGCAUGUUUUACAGUUUAAGAAACAACAUCCCAUCUCAGUGUCACGUUGCAAAGUAACUUUAGCAGGUUAGUAGUAGAUCUAGGCCAGGAUUAUUGAAUGAAGACGUACCAUUUGAAUAGUACAAAUAUAUAUAAUUUGGGCCCCAAUACAUAUUAUAAUAUGUAUCACAGUACAGCUCUUUGUAUAGCGAUAUAAUUGAUGUCUGAUGCCUGGAGUCACUUUCAGUUCACAUCAUAUUGGCUCCUUCCCCAGUCGGUUUUUUUGCCAAUUAAGGAAUGGGACAAGUGCGCCAAAUGGCAUCGGUAUCACUCAUAAGUGUCCCUAGACCAGACAGAAGACACAACACCUACCUGUAACCUUCAUGAAGCUGUCUUGCAAGGUGAUAAUGGUCAAGUUUCAUGCUACAUCUUCUGUGUUCAAAUACUCCUGGGACCAAGUUGCAUGUGCCUUCUGGCAGAGGUACCCCAAUCCUUUCAGCAAGCAUGUCCUGACAGAGGAUGUUGUUAACCGAGAGAUGCGCCAGGAUGGGCUUCAUACUACACGACUGCUGACCAAGACUAACCCAGUGCCUAAAUGGGGGGAGAGGUUUGUUCCUGGACCACGCCAAGUCUGCAUUGUAGAGGAAUCCAUUGUUGACCCUGAAAAGAAGAUUAUUACCACUUAUUCUCGGAACAUCGGAAUGCAGAAACUCAUGAGCAUUGAGGAGAAAUGUGUGUACAAGGUGAACCCUGACAAUGGCAUGCAGACAUUGUGUGAGCGGUCUGCCUGGAUCACGUCCUCAGUCUUUGGUUUGGGCUAUGCUAUACAGAAGUUUGGGGUGGAACGAUUCAAGAAAAACAUCACCAAGAGCUGUAAGGGCUAUGAUUAUAUACUAGACAAACUGUUCAGUGUAGAGGCACAGACUGCUGUACAAGACCACACACUGUCCAGCAAGGACAAGAUUAAGGACACUGCCAGGAAGGCUGCGGAAGUAGCAGCAGCAAAGGCUCGGCCUAUUCUGUCCAAUCCCAGACCCAUUUCAUGAAGUUGGCAGGAGCAUCAUCCACCACUGACCUUGCAUAGAGUAGAUCCUUCACACAGGUGUGAGUGGGAUUGGUUGGAGUUGCAGUGAAGGAACGUUGAAGGCGUGCCUGAAAAGUUUCGGAUACAUAUUCAAAUUUUGUGCAUGAUUUUUGUUGUGCCAGUUUCUGUGGGAACGAUGAUAAGCUGGGGACAAGUGAUGUAAUCUGAAGACCAUUUGAACUGAUGCACAUCUUCUACCAUGAUUUACCUCAGCCUGUGUUUGUAUUCAAUAUUCUUAUUGCAUCUUACGCCUUUAGUUUCUGUUGGAAACUAAAUGUGAUGACUUUUUUGUCACAUAUUAAAGGUAUAGUUAGGAUCCUCUAAUCAAUGAAACAAUGUGUAAUCUAUUCCCUUAAUUAAAUUUCCAUGAACAGCAUUUAAGUCAGGUAUGGUAAUUUUAUCCACAUAUACUAAAAAUGUGACAUUUUGUUUGAAACAUGGUGUGAUGGCAUUGUUACAAGUAGGGAAAGAGAAGAACCUAUUUUGUUUGAUAUGAUACACGUGUUGUGACAUAAAACCCACCUACCCCAGGGAUUCAUGAGGAUCACAAGAUCAGUGUAUGACUUUACCUCCGACAACAGUCAACACUGUUGAUAAGUUGCAUUAUCCAAUGAAGCUUACAUUCCUACAAACACACCAUCAAUGACAAAAUCAGGGUUAAUGUUGUUUUGGGCUCCACAUGAUUUCUUUAGCCCUUGAUUAUUUACUCACGUUUUAUUCAAUUUGGGGAUGGAUAGUUUUCUGUGGCUAUUCAAGAUACUUUUACUCCCUUGGGUCCAGUCUAUUGGAUAGUUUUCUGUGGAUAUUCAAGAUACUUUUACUCCCUUGGGUCCAGUCUAUUGGAUAGUUUUCUGUGGCUAUUCAAGAUACUUUUACUCCCUUGGGUCCAGUCUAUUGGAUAGUUUUCUGUGGCUAUUCAAAAUACUUUUACUCCCUUGAGUCCAGUCUGUUGGAUAGUUUUAAACCAAUGAGUCAACCUUCUUAGAACAUAAUUCUAAUUAAAAUGCUUUUUCACGUGACUUAUUGUUUGCUUCUGUCCAUGGGAUGGCCUAAGUGUGUCGCAUAUUGCAUAAGUUCAUCACAACAGUGAUACUUGUCUAAGUUACAAUGAGUGACAUGUAGCACUUGUUUUUGCUUUGUUCUCUGCAGUAUAGAGUUAUACUUUUGUGGUUUUAAAAACAAAAUCAUGCAUAUCUUAAGCAACUCAAAUUGAUUUGUUUAUGGUGUGUUAUUGUGUGGUUUUUAGUGCAAAUACAUAACUUAUCUGGAGCUCUGAGACAUUGUAGAUACACCAUGACAGUCGUGUUAUUUAGUGUUGCCACAUAAACGCUGAAUGUUUUAAUUAACUUAUUGUUCUGCCCUCUACACCUCUUUUCAAUUGCUGGCUGUUGCAUGUUUAGAGUCAGGAGCCACAGACAGGUGACACUCAUUAGACUGCAGGACUUUCACCACAGUCUUGUUGAUCAGAUUGGAUAAAACUGUACACCAAAUAUCCCAAGGUUUAGGUGACAGUAUGAAAACAAGUAUGAGUAAUGUCAUUUUCAAGAGAACUGAAUCAUAUCAUUCACUCAGACUUCAAUAUGUCCACUUAUAUGUAAUAACAUUGUGUAUAUAGCCAAGGAUUUGAAGGUGUUUCCUCUUGUGUUAUGUCAGCAACACUUCCAAGAAAUACAUGUAUACAACACAGUACUACAUAAAACACUUCUUGGAAUCUUUGUUCAAAAGCGUAACUUUCAGUGUAUGCCUUUUGUUAUUCCAGGAUUUGGUGCUCUUGAAUUGUAUGAUGUAGUUGUAUGAUAUUGUUAGUGUUAAGAUUUAUGACUGAUAUAUGUCAUUUACACGAUUUCUGUACGAUUUCAUUGGCAGGAUGAGAUGAGGAGAUGUCACUACCCCUGCCUAGAUGGCGGUGUCACAUUGGCUUUCAAGCCUACCCCAUCUGCAGCUGUGUAAUCAACAUGUCCACAUCAGUACAUUGUAUGUCAAUGACAUGAAUAUCAGAACACUCCUUGGAAUGUAUAGUUUACAAUUUACAUACAUUUAACUAUGUUGCUAUAUACACUUUACUGUGUAGAGUAUGUGUAUCUACUACACAAUGUAAUAGAAUGUAUAUAUAUGAUCAGAAAUAAUGAGGCAGUCAGGUGAAAGUGUUGUUAAUUAUAUCCAGGUAACCAAGAUUCUCCUUGUAAAACACAGUGUUUCUUUACUUCUAAUCUCUUACACAUCCCAUACAGUUUUCCUCAUGACUACUUUCUUAUAGAAACAAUACACCCUUCAUUCGAUUCCAUUACUUAUUUUUGGUAAAGAAUUAUGAAAGAAUGUAAAUUAGAUUAUGUAUGUAGACAUUUAUAUGAUGAAUAAAUGUGAAGACAAGUUA